UCGUAAUAAGCGCGUGGAAACAGCAGCUGUGCCGUUAGAUGCACCAGCACUGAAGAGCAGCGACGUGCAACAUUUCGCCAUUCAGCUCCAUUCACGUUUAUUUUGCAGGAUUACACCGAAUCACAGCAAGGAUCGGACAGACUUUAUUCAAAACGAUGUACAGUACAGGUAUCUUGAAGUGGCUUCCUAUGCCGAGGUAACAUCCACAGCCAAACUUCAGGGACCCUUGGAGACUUGAGAAGAAUCCAAGUAUGAUGGCAUGGUCUGAAAAUGUUUACGGCGCCCUUUUUCCAUAAACAUAAUCAGAAAAGGUUUUGCUGAAUGCUGUGAUGAGCUCCUGAGUAUUCCGUUCUUCUUGGCCAGCUGUCUUGAAAGAGCAAGUGCUCUGGUGACAGCAGUGGCAUCUAGAGAAACAAACAAAGACAACCAGCCAUGGCUAGCGCAGCAGACGGUAUUGGCAGUUUGGGAAGCGAGCAGAGCCACAUCAAUGUGCCCGUGGCGGAUCCUGGUGCCUGGGCAACUGCCAUGAAUAACCUGGGCAUUGUGCCGAUGAGCCUAACUGGGCAGCAGCUGGUAUCAGACUCCAUCUGCAUACAAGGAUUUGACCCCAAUUUAGGAAUCAUCACCCCAAUCAAUCCCAUGAUGGCUGGGAUAAGUUUGGUACCUCCUCAUCCUGUUCCAGCAGAGCUUCCAGUAAUAAAAGACAUCAUCCACUGCAAGAGCUGCACACUGUUUCCACAGAACCCCAAUCUUCCACCACCCUCCACCAGAGAGAGACCUCCAGGGUGCAAGACCGUCUUUGUUGGUGGACUUCCUGAAAAUGCGACUGAGGAGAUAAUUAAAGAAGUUUUUGACCAGUGUGGUGAGAUUAUUGCCAUCCGCAAGAGCAAGAAAAACUUCUGCCACAUUCGCUAUAGUGAGGAGUUCAUGGUGGACAAGGCCCUCUACUUGUCUGGCUAUCGGAUGCGCAUUGGCUCCAGCACCGAUAAAAAGGAUUCGGGCCGCAUACAUGUAGAUUUCGCUCAGGCGAGAGAUGAUUUGUACGAGUGGGAGUGCAUGCAAAGAUUACUGGCACGAGAAGAACGGCAUCGACAGAAAAUCCAGGAGGAGCGGCUGAGACCUCCUUCACCUCCUCCCAUAAUGCACUACUCUGAGCACGAGGCAGCUCUUUUGGCUGAGAAACUGAAAGAUGACAACAAGUUCAGUGAGGGGACGGCAGUGCUCUUUACAUGGGUAGAAAGAGGCGAGGUGAACCGCCGCACAGCGAAUCAUUUCUACUCAAUGAUACAGUCGGCCAACAGCCACGUGCGUCGUCUAAUGAGCGAGAAAGCCCAACAUGAGGAGGAGAUGGAGCUGGCCAAAGAACACUUUAAAAAUUCCCUGCUUGCCAUCCUCACACAAUUUGAGCAGAUUACGGCUGUGUUCACCGCUGCCACCAGACAAAAGGCAUGGGACCAUUUCUCAAAAGCACAGCGCAAGAACAUAGACAUUUGGCGAAAGCAGUGCGAGGAGUUGAGAAAUGCUCACAGUGAAGAGAUCAUGGGUAUACGAAGAGAAGAGGAAAUGGAGAUGUCAGAUGAAGACUUGGAAGAAAACCCUUGCAAGAAGAUCAGAAUGGAGGACACAGUCCUGUCUGCACAGUCGUGUGCUCUGCGGGAAGAAAACGACAGUCUGCGCUGGCAGCUGGACACCUACAGGAAUGAGGUGGAGUUGCUAAAGAAGGAGCAGGGAAAGACUUACCGCACAGAGGAGGACCACACCCAAGAGCAGCAACUGCACUUCCUGCAGCAGACCAUGCAGAACAUGCAGCAGCAACUGCUUCGGCUUCAAGAAGAUCUGAAAGAGAAGGAGUUGGAGCUGGAGCAGGCCAGAGAUGAGCAGCGUUACCUGGAGGGAGAGGUCCUCAGCCUCAGGGAAAAGCUUUUGAACGCCAUGGAAUCGGUGGAUUUAACAAACCACAGCUCUGAAGGCCAUGAAAAGGUAGUAAACGGGACAGCAGCACACUACAACCAUCGAGAGAAGAAUAAUGAUGCAACCAUUUGGGGUCCCUUGAGAUCAGAAAAAGAGGCUCUUCUGCUUGGAAUCAUAUCAACCUUCCUUCACGUUCACCCGUUUGGAGCCAACAUUGAAUAUCUGUGGUCUUACAUCCAGAGACUUGAUACAAAGAUCUCAGCCAGUGAACUCGAGAGGCUAAUGGUGCGUCUGCCCAACAUGUUCAAGCAGGAGUUCAGUGGCGUGGGUGCGACGUUGGAGAAACGUUGGAAAUUCUGUGGGUUUGAAGCUCUCAAGUCUGGGUGACAUACGGAGCCACAUCUAUUAAAACUGAGGCUGCUGGACCUCAGGAGGACAGAUCCACAGUCAGUGAUAUAGGUCAGAGCCUCAGUCUACACCCUGUAGCUGCUCUCCGAUCAGAUGAUCUAGCCCUCUCGUUUACAGGCAGUGGCGCAGAAAGAAGUGAGACUAGACAUGUGCAGCAUCAGAUGUAUUUACUUGAAAAAGCUUUUUCCAGACUUCUGUGUGCCGAUUGCAUAACUUAUCCAUCAGCAGCGGCGUCCCUAAAGACUGGGGAGAUAUCCAGGAAAUACAGCGCUACUCAGUUAAAAAUACUGAAUGUUAAAUAUGGCACACAGAUGUAUGAUAGCGGCACUCUGUGGCCAUCAAAACCAGUGUGUUUGUGAUAAUGAUUUACGACAUGGCCAAAUUGCUGGAUGGACAACCGUUGAAGCACCAUUGCACAGCUGGUGCUCUUAGGACAUUCUGCCAUUUCAGGUACCGAAGUUGCAUUGAUAAUGUAUGUAAUGUUGUGUCUUGAUGCACUGUUAUUAAUAAUCUAAAUUAUGAUUUUCUAAAAAUAAAUAAAUACUUUUUCAGAAUAUAAUGCUUUGUACAAAUUGGUUCCAGAGCAGGGUCAAGCACCAUUCAGAAUUAUACAUUUGCAUAUAUAAGCUGAAUGCCUCAAACGGAGCUCUUGUGUUACUGUAUUGAACAUUAUUGAGAUUCAACUCAGUAGGAAAAAAUCUUCUUGUCAUUCAACAUCCGGUUCUAGCCACUUAAAUUGAACUGUACAUUUGUUGUCCAACCCUGUUUCCAACAGCAUCUCUCAAUGUGUCAGAGCUGCCUGUGUGCGUGUCUGAUGUGUUUUGAUUCAUGUCCGUGAUAAACAACUGAACUGUCUCUAUGAAUGUGGAGCAGAAUUCCCCUAAUUACCCAGAAUACAUCAGUAUGUUAAUAAUAAAUGAGGGGAGGGGAAUUCUGUUCUGUGUGUCUGCAUGCAAAAUGUUCGCUAUUUACAUCACCCAAUGCUGUUACAAGAACUGUUUAUCAAAUGUACAGGUUUGUGAGGAUAUGAGAGUAAAUAAAAUACACUCGUAUUAUUUUUAACCUGCAUGACUCUUGAAAGGGAUACAAAAGUACACAUUUUAAGGAUUAUAUCAAAUAAGGUUUUAAGGAUUAUAUUUUUAAGGACUAUCAUAAACCCCAUUCAAACAGCCCGCUGAUCGUAGAAAAUUGCCAGAGUGCCUUCUGUGUGAACGCAAAUGCAUCCCGGAUAGAUCCAAAAAGUGAUUCCGGAAAGGGGACCUAUAACAUUAACGGGAUCAGUCCCGGAAAGCCCCCUGUGUGAACGAAAGGCAGAAACAAUGCCAUAAAAGCCGCGAGUGAUGACACGCAUCUAUAAUAAAUCGUAAAUAAUUUGGCUAUGAAAACAAAUAUAGUUAAGCGAUUAAUUCUUGUUCGUUAGUAAAUAAAAAACUAAAAAAAUAGUCCUUCUAUUUGUCUUUAGCUAAAUCGUGGAUGAAUGCAAGAGUCCUAAUCACCAAAGUUACCCAGAUAGCACAAUCCAUCUGGUUUACGUCUAUUUGACGUCUGCAUUUACAUCUGCAAGACAUCUGCAAUACAUAGUUUGCUCAUCUGCAAUACGUCUCGGAGACGUCUGAACGUCUGUAAUACGUCUGCUAAAGAUCUGGAGAUCUGCUGCUUAAAAACAUCUGCUAAACAUCUUAGAAAGGGCUGUUGUACAUCCAUUCUAAAUCAUAAACAUCUUACAGACAUUUUCUAGAUGUCUAUAUGA